UUUCAAUUGGACGCGUUUACUUUUUUUUACACAAUUCUUUGGUCAUUUGUUUAGACGAAUCGCAUUUCUAUUUUAUUUUUAUUUUUCACUACAAGCAUAUAUUUAUUAUUAUUAUUUUUCCAAAGUAUUUCGAAAAAUGGACGGCAGCGCACAUGUCAGUGAUCCCACCAACCCGCAGAUUCGCAUUCGCAGUUUGGACAAAAACUCGAUUGACUUUGUCCUGUCAAACACACAUCUCAGUGUCGCCAACUCGCUGAGACGGACAAUGAUCGCUGAGGUGCCCACCAUGGCCAUUGACCUUGUCGAGUUUAUUGAAAACACAUCAGUUCUUGCCGACGAAUACAUUGCGCACCGGCUAGGCAUGAUCCCCCUGACCAGCCACACUGUUGACCAGUUCAAGUACACCCGGGACUGCACGUGCGCAAACUACUGCAAAGAAUGCUCAGUCGAAUUCAGCCUCCACGUAAAGUGCACCGAGGGCGGCACGCGCUCGAUUUACAGCACAGAUCUUAUCAGCAGCAACAAAGACGUAGUCCCCGUGGUGGACAGCGAAGACCCCCGAGGCAUCAUCAUUAUAAAGAUGCGCAAGGGCCAGGAAAUAAACAUCCACUGUAUUGCCAAGAAGGGCGUGGCCAAGGAGCACGCCAAGUGGUCGCCUUGUGCGGCUGUUGGGUUCGAAUACGACCCGCAUAACAACUUUAGGCACCUUGAUUAUUGGUUCGAGAAGAAUAUCAAGGAUGAGUGGCCGCUGAGUAAGAAUGCGGAGGAGGAGGUGGAGGUUGAUCCAGAGGCGCCAUUUGACUUUAAGGCGGAGCCGACUAUCUUUUAUUUUAAUGUCGAGACCGUCGGCUGUCUUGACCCGCAGGCCGUGGUUAUUAAGGCUACAAGGGUUUUGCAGGAGAAAUUGGGCGGCUUGCAGCUUGCCCUGGAAGAGGACCAGAACCCAGAUUCUAAUGCCAACAUGGAUGACGGCGAGCCAUGGGUAUAGCUUGAUAUCUAUUUGUUUUUAACUGUUUUCAUUUAUUGCCAAAUAGAAUGGCAUUUGAAUAUUAAAAAUAAUGACCAGGCUGUUACU